AUGGCAAUUCAACACUCUAUCAUCUUACUUGCUUUUCUUAUUCAAUUCUCAUCAUUAUACUUCCCCUCGCUCGGAUACGAUGAACAAGACAUAUACUUCAUCAGUUGUGGAUCAGAUAGCAACGUUACUGUUACUGAAAGUAAUAAAGUUUAUAUUGGGGAAUCAAACCCCAACUACCCUAAAACAAGUUUCAGCAAAAGCUCCAUAGAAACCAGUCAAUCAUCAGUGCCUUCACCUCUCUACCAAACAGCAAGGAUAUUUCAUUCCGAAUCUUUAUACGAGUUCAAAACCGUACCAAACAACACCUACAUGGUACGUUUCCAUUUCUUUUCAUUCUCUUCACCACUUAACCUUUCCACUGCAAAAUUCACCGUUUCAGUCCCUGGUUUCAUUCUGUUACAAAAUUUCGAUGCAAAAAACACCACCAACUCUCCUUUAGUAAAAGAGUAUUACCUUAAAAUCAUCAGAAAAAAAUUCAAAAUCACGUUCACACCUCAAAAAGCAUCAUUUGCCUUUGCUAAUGCAAUAGAACUCUUUAUGCUCCCUGUUCAUUUAAUCCCCGACUCAAUCGCGCUUUUCCAUUACAAAGAGUCUACUGGCAGAAACUUAUCUACUUAUAGUAAUGAUUUCCUCUCUCGAUCGUUGGAAACCAACCUCCGUCUUAAUGUUGGUGGCGGAAUUGUUAAUAGAGAAACUGAUACACUAUCAAGAGAAUGGUUACCAGAUGACAGAUAUAUAACUGAUCCCCAAAACGCUAAGAAUGGUUCCUUUGAAGGUGAUAUUAAACGCACUGCAAAUGAUGAAUCUGUUGAUUCAAAUUCAAAUAAAUACAUAGGUCCAGAUAUUGUUUAUAAAACUGCCAAAGUGAGUGUUAAUGUGAUCAACAGACUGGUCUUACAACUUUCAUUCUCUUCGUUUGACAGUUAUGUUAUAAAUGUAAAUGAUAACCAAAGUUUGUCACUACAGAUGCCUUAUUAUUAUGAUUUUGUGGUUCGUUCAGACAGCUCAGGACUAUUGAAGGUUAGCGUAGUACCUAAUACUUCGGUUGAGGUUGCUAGACCGAAUGCUUUUUUAAACGGGCUAGAACUAAUGAAAGUGAUUGAAUCAUCAGGCCCAAUUCCCAAUGAUGAUUCGGAUUCGAGGAAGAUUAGUCUUCCUGUGGUGGUGGGUUCGGUGAUUGGAGGUUUACUUUUGGUUUCUAUGGUGGUGGUUUUGUUUCUUUGGAUUAGUAAAAUCAGGAAACAAAGGCCUGUUGAGAAGUCCGAAUGGUUGCCUAUUCCAGCUGCCAGAGGAGGAAGUUCUCACAGCAGAUUAACUGAUGCAACAACAAUUCAAGGCUCGCCUUUACCUAACAUAAACCUUGGAUUGAAAAUCCCUUUGCUUGAUCUAUUAAAAAGGCUCACAAAUUUUUACUUGAAACUGUGA